AUGGCAUUCAAGUUUGUAUUCGCAUUCGCUUUCGUCGCCGUUGCUAACGCAGGCUUUGUACCAGUUGCCCCCGUAUACCACGCCACACCAGCCGUCGCCGUGCACUCAGCACCUGUGGCCGUUGCUCAAAAGGUUGUUGUGAAAUCGGAGGAAUACGAUCCCCAUCCUCAAUACAAAUUCUCUUAUGGCGUUGAGGACAAACUCACCGGUGAUUCCAAGAGUCAAAUGGAGGAACGUGAUGGUGAUGUGGUUCAUGGUGAAUACUCCCUCAUUGACGCUGAUGGUUACAAACGUACCGUGCAAUACUCUGCUGAUCCCAUCAAUGGUUUUAACGCCGUCGUGAACCGUGAACCUCUUGUAAAGACAGUUGCGCCAGUGGCUCACUAUGCUGCUCCAGCCGCCCAUUACACAUCCUAUGCCGCUCCUGCUGUAGUCAAAUACCACCAUUAA